GUCGGUGUCUGGGCAAAUAAAUGCUCUUGCUACGCUUUUUUAGCCAGUUUAUCUUAAGGCGAAAUACUGUAAAAAAUUGUAAAAUGGAUUUACGUUUCGUAUUCAUCGUUUUCCUGCUCAAGUGGACCCAUGCACUAGGUUCCCAUCCGCCGCGAAUAGUGGAGCAUCCCAUAGAUACGACAGUGCCACGACACGAGCCAGCCACGCUUAAUUGCAAAGCCGAGGGCAGCCCCACGCCCACCAUCCAGUGGUACAAGGACGGGGUUCCCCUGAAGAUCCUGCCGGGCUCGCAUCGCAUCACCCUGCCAGCUGGCGGAUUGUUUUUCCUCAAGGUUGUCAAUUCACGUCGCGAAACAGAUGCCGGCAUCUAUUGGUGUGAGGCAAAAAACGAACUGGGCGUGGCAAGGAGUCGAAAUGCCACGUUGCAAGUGGCGGUCCUCCGCGAUGAGUUCCGCCUGGAGCCACAGAACGCACGGAUCGCCCAGGGCGAUACCGCCCUGCUCGAGUGCGCCGCACCUCGGGGAAUCCCCGAGCCCACCGUCACCUGGAAAAAGGGCGGCCAGAAAUUGGAUUUGGAGGGCUCGAAGCGUAUACGCAUCGUUGACGGGGGCAAUUUGGCCAUCCAGGAUGCCCGGCAGACUGACGAGGGUCAAUACCAGUGCAUAGCCAAGAAUCCCGUCGGGGUGCGCGAGUCCUCGCUGGCCACACUCAAAGUGCACGUCAAGCCGUACAUCAUCCGUGGGCCACACGAUCAAACGGUUUUGGAGGGCGCCUCGGUGACCUUUCCCUGUCGAGUGGGCGGUGACCCCAUGCCGGAUGUUCUGUGGCUGAGAACUGCCUCGGGCGGCAAUAUGCCGUUAGAUCGCGUGAGUGUCUUGGAGGAUAGAAGCUUGAGACUGGAAAGGGUCACCAUUGCCGAUGAAGGUGAAUACAGCUGUGAGGCGGAUAAUAUUGUGGGUGCCAUCACAGCCAUGGGUACUCUAACUGUCUACGCCCCCCCGAAAUUCAUCCAACGUCCUGCGAGCAAAUCCGUGGAACUUGGCGCCGAUACCUCCUUUGAAUGUCGAGCUUCGGGAAACCCAAAGCCAACUAUAUUUUGGACGAUCAAGAACAAUAGUACACUGAUAUUUCCGGGGGCACCGCCCCUGGAUCGAUUUCAUAGCUUAAAUACCGAAGAAGGUCACUCCAUACUCACAUUGACCAGUUUCCAACGAACGGACAAAGAUUUGGUUAUACUAUGCAAUGCCAUGAACGAAGUGGCCAGCAUUACUUCGAGGGUACAACUGAGUUUGGAUUCGCAGGAGGAUCGACCACCGCCGAUUAUAAUCUCAGGCCCUGUGAAUCAAACGCUGCCCAUCAAAUCACUGGCCACGCUGCAGUGCAAGGCCAUAGGUCUGCCAAGUCCCACGAUAUCGUGGUAUCGGGAUGGUAUACCAGUGCAGCCCAGCUCCAAGCUGAAUAUAACCACCUCCGGGGAUUUGAUCAUAUCAGAUUUAGAUCGGCAACAGGAUCAGGGCCUAUACACCUGUGUGGCCAGUUCGCGGGCUGGUAAAUCCACUUGGAGUGGUUUCCUCAGGAUAGAGCUGCCCACCAAUCCGAAUAUUAAAUUCUACAGAGCACCGGAGCAGAAUAAAUGCCCCUCGGCGCCGGGACAACCAAAAGUUCUCAAUGCCACUGUUUCGGCCUUGACAAUAGUUUGGCCCACAAGUGAUAAAGCAGGAGCCUCUUCAUUUCUCGGCUAUAGUGUGGAAAUGUACUGCACCAAUCAGAGCAAGACCUGGAUACCAAUUGCGUCGCGUUUGAGUGAACCCAUUUUCACGGUGGAGAGUUUAACUCAGGGAGCAGCUUAUAUGUUCAUAGUUAGAGCCGAAAACUCACUGGGCUUCUCGCCACCCUCGCCGAUUUCGGAACCCAUUACGGCGGGAAAACUUGUGGGCGUACGGGAUGGUAGUGAAAACUCUGGAACCUCACAACUCCUUCUAAGUGAUGUGGAAACUUUGCUGCAAGCCAACGAUGUCGUCGAGUUGCUAGAGGUCAAUGCCAGUGACUCCACAACCGCUCGACUUUCUUGGGAUAUCGACAGCGGGCAGUACAUCGAGGGUUUCUAUCUGUAUGCCCGCGAACUACACUCCAGCGAGUACAAAAUGGUGACUCUACUGAACAAGGGUCAGGGAUUGAGUUCCUGCACAGUGCCUGGUUUGGCAAAAGCCUCCACAUACGAGUUUUUUCUUGUGCCAUUUUACAAGAGCAUCGUAGGCAAGCCCUCGAAUUCGCGACGCGUGAGAACCUUGGAAGAUGUUCCGGAGGCACCACCUUAUGGCAUGGAAGCCAUACAAUUCAAUCGCACUUCUGUCUUUUUGAAAUGGCUACCACCGCAACCCAAUCGCACUCGCAAUGGCAUCCUCACCAGCUACAAUGUGGUCGUCAAAGGCCUGGACGUGCACAAUACGACGCGGAUAUUCAAAAAUAUGACCAUAGACGCGGCCACGCCCACUCUGCUUCUGGCCAACCUCACCACAGGAGUCACCUACUAUAUCGCAGUGGCGGCGGCCACGAGGGUUGGAGUCGGUCCCUUCAGCAAACCCGCCGUCCUUCGCAUCGAUGCACGCACCCAGUCCCUGGACACCGGCUAUACGAGAUAUCCCAUCAGUCGUGAUAUUGCCGAUGACUUUUUAACACAGACCUGGUUUAUCGUCCUGCUGGGCUCCAUCAUUGCCAUAAUUGUGUUUCUAUUGGGCGCAUUGGUUCUAUUCAAGCGCUAUCAAUUUAUCAAGCAGACCUCGCUGGGCAGUUUACAUGGCAAUCACGCAAUCGGAACCGUGCGAAAGUUUCCAACAUUGCCGCUAAAUGGAGGCGGAGCCGUCGGUGCCGUCGGCUCAAAUUCGACAGCCGCAAACGGGCAAAAUGGCCUAUGGAUCGAUCCCAGCGGCGGUGUUUGGCGACAGGGUGCGGGAAAUGGCAAUGGCACUGGGAAUGGGAAUGGAAAUCCAGGAGGAGCGAGUUCAAAUACGGGUAUGGGUACGACAAAGGAGCAACUUCCGGGAUACGCACAGGCCACACAGGGACAACAGCCCACCCUUUUGCCCGAUUACGAGAGAUUGUCGCCGCUGAAUAUGCCCGAUUAUGCGGAGGUGGCCUGCUCCACAUUCAAGAGUCCCACCCAUGGAGCACCACCAAUGGGUGGUGCAUCGCUGUACGACAGCUGUGGGGCGUAUGCCACCACCAAUGUGGUGGCCAAUGUGAAGCUCUACCAGAAUCGCUAUGCGGGAAAACCCACCCAGAACAGCAGCAGCAACAGCACCAAUAACAACAAUCAUCAGAGCAAUGACUAUCAAUCGACUGGCAUGUACUCUGCUCCACCAAGUGCCCACUAUGGAUGCCUGGAGCAGAAACAGCAGCCAAAUCUGAUGACAACUUCAACGGCAAGUACGGCCAUCUUGACAGCCUCACCGGCCAAGGUGAAAAAGAUCAAUAUAACCGAGAACCAGAUGGAUCAAUUGGAGGGCAAAUCGGAGCGAAUGAAUCCGUUCAAUCAGCAGCAGCAGCUUCUCUUGGCCAGCAAUGCCCUGAAACAGGGACUCGGGGCCUAUGCCAAUACCACUUUGGCGGCCCAAAUGGCCAGUGGCGGUGGCGCCGGAACUCUGAGACGCCAGCGACAGCCCAAAACGCUUUACAAAAGUGAGAAUAACAUAUUGGGAAAGGGUCUGAGGCAGCAGACAAAUCCAGCAACUAUGGACUUUCUAACCGGAGGUCCGCCAUCGGAGGGUGGAGAUUUCUCUGGACUGGGCCUCUGUAAUUCCACCAAUCAGUUGCUCAACGAUUGGGCCUCCAGUGCCUCGAUUGCAGCGCCCGGGGACUAUCAUUUUGGCAGCAAGCAGCCCAGUAAACAGCAUUUGUAUGUCAAGGCCAAGGAUGGAACCUGGUCGGCCGUCAGCUCGGAUGCCUACCAAUCCUUCAAGCACCAACAGCAGCAUCAUCCAUUUCUGGCCAACGGAUCAGGUGACAACAACAAGUCCUUAGCUAGUGUAAACAGCUUAGCUGGCGAUAGCAAAUUCCUGAGUAGUUUUGGUUCUAGCGCCAAUGUCUAAGAUCAUAGCUUCAAAAUCAGCACUUAAGGCUUGGUUCAAUAGAAAGUUGCUCAAUAAGUUAGAGGAUUCUUUAAAGGAUACAUCAGUUGGCAGGUGGAAAUUGGGUUGUGGAAUUUUGUGGUAGUUAAAAGGGGAUUUCCUUAAAUAUUCUAUUACAUAUUUAUUCUUAAAACAAAUUUAAAGAUAAUUCUGUAGAGCGGUAACUGAAUAAACAACAAAAGUAAUUAAGAUGAUGUGCUCUAGAAAUUCCCUAGAUUAAUGUCUAAUAAUUUCGCACCCUUAAAAACCAACCCAUAGUUCUCUUAGACUUCAACCAAGUUUCACUGUAAGUUUACCAAAAGAAAGUCCCCAAAAACCAUAAAAACAACAACAACGAAAUGUAUGUAAAGAAAUACACUGAAAACCCCAGAAAGAUUGGCUUGUAAAUAUUAUUGCCCUUACUAUAUCCUAUAUAUAAAAAACCUAACCCCUAAAGCAUUUAGAAUAUUGCAUUUGGAGCAAGCAAAAAAAUAAUAUUAAUUUACACACAAGAAAAAAGGAAACCAGAAACCAAAAACAACCAAAAUAGCACAGAAGUAGUUAAAGUAAGUACAGCAAGUAAAAUCUUUAAAAGUUUGUGGCCAAACACUAAGAACUUUUGCAGAAAGUGCUCCCACAGAAACGAAAUAAAAAACCAAUGCUAAGGCCAAACGAAAAUACCCAACCCUAACGAGAAUAUAUUACUUAGAUAUUAAUAAAAGCAAAGCACGAUGCAAUUAGUUGUGUGUUGGAUAAAUAAUAAAAAAAACUCACCUCCCGCAAAAAAAGAAUGCUAAACAAAUGCUAAUAAUAAGGCUGUUAAAUGUAAAAUAUCAUAAAUGAUUCAAGAACGAAUGACUAAAUCUACAUUUAAACCAUGUAAUUAAAGCAUUAAAAUGUAAUUAACUGACACUAGGUUUAGUUUGAAUAGCUAAAAAAAAAGAAAACUGAAGAGAGAAAAAAAAACCGAAUGUGGAAGAAUUACAGCAAAUAAAAGAAUUUAGCUGAAAAAAGAGAAAAUAAACUAAACUAAUCAAUUAAUUGAUAAAUUAUGCAAUGAAAAAACCUAAAAAUAAAGACAAAAAUAUGAAAAGCAAACAAUACCAGACCACAACAAUGCGUUUCGUAAAAUUAAGUCCAGUUUAUU